GCCACUAAAUCCUGUCGCCGAUAGCCCUGUUCACCCGCGUCUCCACCCAAGCUGGAUUGGUUCUGGGCAUCAACGGCAAAUCGAAGUUCGGGGGAGCCAGCCAACAAGAAAAUGUCACAGGCCUCAUCCACGGAGGUUCCGGCGCUGACUCCUCAGUUCUGCUUCGAUGAAAGACUACUUCGGGAUUUCCUCCGUAUCUCCCGAUCGACUAUCGAUGAUUCGAUUUCGCAAAAUCUCAAUGCGUUAAUGACGCCCGCUCGGGAGGGAUUUGACCCGGCGUCUACCGCCACACGGCAAACCGACACCAGAGCUCAGAAACCGAUCGAGCCGAAUGCGUGCCAAGGCUUCAAGGAUAACGUACUAUUCCCAUCGUGGCAGACUCGCUCGGACGUCUUGAACUACUGUGCCGGUGUUGCCACGAGUCCCGACCCCGAGGACCCGGAUCUGAUUCUGCGAGAGACAGAAUCCGCCCGAGACCGAGAAAGGGUGGUCAAUGAACGAUUGGACCCUUAUUCAGCUCGCUUCUUCCCUCGGGAAGCUCGAACCGAAUCUCUGGCAAACUUGGUUCGCAACCAACGCACCGUGGAAGAGAUCAUUCGGUCUCGGACAUGGGGCAUGGUGACCGAGAGAUGCGGUGGCUCCUCGGCGUCUUGGGAGGAUGAUCUGAAUACCUGGCGGCAGAACCAUCGGCGAUAA